UGAAAUCUCUCUUCAACAUGUUCAAUGUAGUAAAAUUCAUGAGUUACGAGUAUUGAUUUUUUUUCAGUAGAAAGGAAUAAAAAUAGAUAUUUACUGUUAAGAGAAGUAACAGUUGAAAAGUCAAAAUGUAGAUAAUAGACAUCCAUUCGAUAUUAGACGUAAAGUUAUGUUAUUCUGAAAGAGCUUUAAUCUUGUUUUAAGGAUUUGUAACCUUUUGAAUGAAUUAUAAAAUCUUAUUAUAUCCGUUGGAAGCGUAGAAGGCAGUUAAGCAAAUAAUACAAGACUCGGAUUGAUUGUGUAACCGAGAGAAGACAACUUCUGUGUGCUGCAAAUAAACACUCAGAUGUCCUUGCAUACAAGGGUUUUGAAUGUAUUUCUACUUGUGUCCUGUUUAGUAAUGUCAUUUGUUUUUAUUGGUUUGAAGCGGCAUACGACCAGUCCAUGUUCGCAUAAUCAUGUUCCGGCUAGAAUCAUACAAUAUGGAUUAGGAGGUACAGCAACAACACUCCAAUUUCAAAUUUUGUGUGUCUUAAUGGCUAUCCUUCAUGAAGCCGAGAUCAAUUCUGUCGGUUGUUACUACGCUAAACAACCAUCUCAUAAAUACAGUGUUAUAAAAACACAUUUUUUAAAAGACAGUUUGCUUCGAAUUUUACCGUCAGAUUCCUGGAUUUUUAUGACAUCGAGUGAUUCAUUGUCAGAAGAGAAGGAGCGACAAUUAGAAGAAGUCAAACGUAAGAUUAAAAAUAUAAGGAUAAAAAUUCCAUAUAUUGCAGAUAUUAAUAUGGUUUCAAAACGCGGACAUUACAUUGUUUAUGAAUACCAGCCUAUAUUUAAUGUAUCAGACAAACAAAUGCAGUUUGCAGUUGAGUACUUGCGCUACUGGGAUAUACUAAGGCUGUGUUGCGGAAAACAAAUGUCGGCGGAUUGGCGAAAUCAUCUAUCGCCUUCAGAGUCUUACAUCUUCCAUCAUGACCCGCACAGUUUAACAUACCCUGCGUGUGAAAUGUAUAAUAUCAGUGAAGUAGAACAACUUAUGAUGAAAACGUAUGUGUACAAACAGUUUGGAAAUGUUCCCUCACUCCAUGAUAUUAUUGGAAAGCCAUCAAAUGUUGACGGUGACAUUGAUGGAUACUACUGUGAUCGCUGUAACAGAAAUAUUUCAACAAAACACUUGGGCUUUAAUGAAAAAUGUGCUUGAUUAGUCUCUUAGUAUUAAUUGUACAUAUAAAUAAUCUUAUAUUAUAGUAAACUCUAUUUAUCAAAA